CUUUGUUGUCUGCCCUGUACUCUUAGCUGCGGGAUAUAGUUGAAACCCCGGACUAGAUCCUAUUUAAUCCAUUGUGGCACCAUAAUUGCAAUGCAUGUAUUUUACCACUCGUGGCGCCACGGAUUGACACGGCACAACUUCAUACUAACACAAGAGCAAGACUGUGGUAGUGAUUGGUGAGCCAUGGCUAAUGCGUAUGCAAACCUGAAGCGUCAAGUCGCUCGGAUAGCCAGUUUACAGGCCGCCGAUAUCGAUAGAACAACAUUCAGGCCUCUUGUCGACGUCCUACUGAACUGAUCAUAUCCUGACUUGUCGCGGGAUUGGUGAUAUGACUUCACUAUCCUCACAAUGAUGACUAAACGCAUGAAUCUCACCAUGGGCACAGUUGGGAACACUGGUACUCCCUCACAAGAGGACAUGGACCUAUUUCGACGCGUAAUGCGGGUCAUGAAUGUGUUCCAAAACAAAACUUCAAGUGGCGCCAAACUCUUUUUACCAUCAGAACCUACGUACAUUCGGCCUACAUUCAAUUUUGAUUUAAAAAUUAAUCAGCCCGUCAUGGUUGGUGAAAUAUUUGGGGGGCCUAAGGAUGAGGACGAGGAUGAGCUAUCAGACGACAGCGAUGAAUAUAUGAGUGACGACGUGGAUGAGGAAGACAAUGACGAACAAAGUACAAGCUCGGAAGUUGACGAUGGAGAAGAUCAAGCGAAUACGAGCGGCGAAUGCGAUGAGGAAGAAGAAGAUGACGAUGACGACUUCUUUGAUGAAGACGAUUUUAGUGACAGUGAGAGCAAUGAGGGCCGUAAUGGCAGCCACAGUAGUCACAUGGUUACCUGCCCCGAUGGGCUGCCACCUUCCAGUGACCUCACCUACGUGGGGUCCUUUCAGCCGUUAUACACGCCAAUCACUACUAUUAGCCCUGUCAUUCUUGGUAAAUCGGACACAGGAGGAAACAACGGGGAUGGCGAUGGCGAUGGCGAUGGCGAUGGCACGAGCCUUUGCUGUUGGGAGCAUGGAUGCAAUGGGCGCAAAUUUACCACACGUAGCAAUCUUCGACGCCAUCUUAGGGAAAAGUCCCGCGCCCGACCCAUUUGUCGGUGUCCUCGGUGCGGUGCCGUCUUUAGUCGGACCACAGCUCGCAAUACUCAUGUGGCUAGAGGGAGUUGCAAUAGGAUUCGGCGGUAUUCGAAUGGCCGCGUGCGGCCUAAUUUGAGGAUUACAGAUAAGUAAAAGGUUCACAUAGUAAAUAAUAUGUUAUGCGACAUCUGAUGCGGUCGUUAGAGGCGGG